UCAUUACAAUGCGAAUCGAUAAUCCAAUCGUAUAAUAUAUUACUAUUAUUAUUAAGAAAUAGAAAGAAAUUAAUUAAUUAAGACAUUAAAGAUAAUCGUGUUGAGCUAUCAUAUACAGAACCAGAUGCUGCAAGCAUCAAGAGCUUUUCUGACGGAAACACAGACAAAGAGAGGCGUUAAUUUGAUGGCUAAAAAUGGCAUCUUUACAGUACUCUCUCUGUAUUUUGUGCUUCUUUCUUCACAUGGAGCAAGUGCUGGGAGAGUGGUGCCUCUUUUGCAGAGAUACGAGAAACCCAGUUCAAAUUUUGGUUUUGGCAGAUCAUUCGAUCGUAUUUUUGAUAAUUCUAAGCAUGGGAUAUUACAGCUCGACAACGGUUUGGCUCAAACUCCUCCGAUGGGGUGGAAUAGCUGGAAUUUCUUUGCCUGCAAUAUCAAUGAAACUGUCAUUAAGGAAACAGCUGAUGCACUCAUUUUAACAGGCUUGGCUGAUUUAGGAUAUGUGUAUGUCAAUAUAGAUGAUUGCUGGUCUUCUGCAACUCGAGAUUCGGAGGGUCAGUUGGUUCCUGAACCGAAAACUUUUCCAUCAGGAAUCAAAGAUCUUGCUGACUAUGUACAUGGGAAGGGCCUUAAGCUCGGAAUUUAUUCGGAUGCUGGGGUUUUCACCUGUCAAGUUCGACCAGGAUCAAUUUUUCACGAAAAAGAUGAUGCAUCAAUGUUUGCUUCUUGGGAUGUGGAUUAUUUGAAGUAUGACAACUGUUUCAAUUUGGGCAUUAGACCUGAAGAAAGAUAUCCACCAAUGCGAGAUGCUCUAAAUGCAACUGGACAGACGAUUUUUUAUUCUCUUUGUGAAUGGGGGGUUGAAGACCCUGCCUUAUGGGCUGGCAAAGUUGGAAAUAGUUGGCGUACAACAGAUGACAUUAAUGAUUCAUGGGCAAGCAUGACUACUAUUGCUGAUCUGAAUGAUAAGUGGGCUGCAUAUGCUGGGCCUGGUGGAUGGAAUGAUCCUGACAUGUUGGAAGUGGGCAAUGGUGGUAUGACUUAUCAAGAGUAUCGCGCUCAUUUCAGCAUCUGGGCCUUGAUGAAGGCCCCUCUUUUAAUCGGUUGUGAUGUAAGAAACAUGACCACAGAGACUUUUGAGAUUAUAAGCAACAAGGAAGUCAUUGAUAUAAACCAAGAUAGACUUGGGGUUCAGGGAAGAAAAGUUCAUGUAUCAGGAAAAGAUGGGUGCCACCAGGUUUGGGCGGGCCCCUUGUAUGGACAUCGUUUGGUUGUUGCUCUCUGGAAUCGAUGUUCAAAAUCUGCUACCAUAACGGCUGCAUGGGAUGUACUUGGACUUGAAUCUGGCACUCAUGUCUCUGUGAGGGAUUUAUGGCAGCACAACGAAGUUGCAGUAGACGUGGUUGCAUCAUUUGGUGCUCGAGUUGAUGCUCACGACUGUCAUAUGUACAUUUUCACACCCCAGACCGUGUCUCGUUCAGAGAUAUAGUUCAUUUUCACAGUAUAUUAUGGUAGGAGGUUCCAUUUCAGGGGCAGUUCCCUUUCACAUGUACUUUAAAGACAUUCUGCAGCUUCUUGCAUUCAUCAGAAGAUGGGAAACAAAAGUGUGUACAUAUCUUUUUUUUUUUUUUUAUUCAAGUUCCAGUUAUGGCUCUCCUUGAGCUCUGGUUCGAAGCUUAAUUGGAUUCCGAAGCAAAAGACAACUGGUGAACUAAAUCUUCUUUGUUAA